CACCAACAUUAAGUGGUUCCACUUGUCUACCUGAGGCUGUCCUCCCAUUUUAUGGAGACCUUGCAAAGUCGCCUGACGACUGGGGAGCAGUCCGGAGGUCAAGAACAUUGUCAACCUGAGUCUCCUCACCUUGACCUGCAGCCUAAGUCUCCCUCCCAGCCCAAACAGCAGACAAGCUCCCCAAAGCCCCAUGGCAUGCAACAGCAACCCAAACAGUCCAGAAGACAGCAUCCUGAACGCAAGCGUCUCAGGCAUCAGCGGCAAAGCACUAACUCAGAUACAGUGCCAGAACACAAAAAUGAAGCAACAACAGAAAGAAAAGGAACAACAGUUCCUUGUGAAAAACUAGCAGUUGACCCAACCCAAUCUAACGCAGAAAGCCAAGAAAGCACCCCAAAACAGAAACGAGAGCGUAAGCCUCAGAGACCAGGAAAAUAUGUCUGCACUUACUGUGGCCGGGCAUGUGCAAAACCUAGUGUCCUACAGAAACAUAUUCGCUCCCACACAGGAGAAAGACCCUAUCCCUGUGCCCCAUGUGGCUUCUCUUUUAAAACCAAGAGUAACCUGUACAAACACCGCAAAUCGCAUACCCACAGGGUGAAGGCAGGUCUGGCACUUGGGGAGCCAAGAAAUCUCGAGGAGCAAGUCACCGAGUCAGAAGAUGAAACCAGACAGCUAUCAUCCACUUCUUCCCUUACUGAAAGAAAAAGCAGUGUAACCUUGAUGAAGAGUCAUGAAACAGACAAGGCCAAAGAUUGUACUGCAGGUAGUGAUGACUCCAAUGCAGUAAAAAAGAGAUUAGCUCUCCGUCUAAGUAGAGGAAAAAACACUCCUCAAGAUUCGGAUGAGAAGAAUUCAUCUCUUAUUUUAAGCAGUAAAGGCAGUACAGAAUCAGGUUAUUUCUCUCGCUCUGAAAGUACUGAGCAGGCACAGGACAGUCCCCCCAACACAAGUGCCAAAAGCUAUGCAGAGAUCAUCCUUGGCAAAUAUGGACGUCUCGGACACCUACAGAGGAUGUCUCGUCCUCAUAACCAGCAGCCCUCAGAUCAGAAGGAAAAAAGCAUCCCAUUUAUAGUGCCCAAGAAGCAGGUCAUUGACCAUAUUACCAAACUCAUCACCAUCAAUGAGGCAGUGGUGGACACUAGUAAAAUUGAUAGUGUUAAACCAAGGAGAUUCUCGCUCUCUAGAAAAAAUAGUUCAGAGAACCAAAAGGCUUCAUCUAUUAAAGAACAACUUAUUCAUAGCCCUAAAGCUGGAGAUCCCUGCUAUAAAAGCAGUGGCUCCAUCACCAUGGGAGUCCCAUGUCAAAAAUUUCAUCUUCAGUCCUCGGACAAACCAACUGGCCAAACAUUCACUGCUCCUCUGGUGAGAAGUCACUCAAUGCCAUCUGCAGCUAGUUCAUGUGAUACCUCCAGUGGUGGCUACAGUAAAUUCUGCCAAAGUCAGUCCUUUGAUGAAAGGCAACCUUCUGAAAUACGGGCAGCCCGGCGUUAUGGGAUGCUAAGACGGCAGCCUGCUAUUGAAAUUCCACUUGGUGCUGAACUUACAAAAGAGGACAAUGAGGGUUCUCACUCAUUUUACCCUGACAGCAUAACCACUACCCCUGACCACAAGCCAAGUCAACCCCAGCCAUAUGAGUGCGAGGCCUGUGGCACUGGGUGCAAAGAUUGGGAAGGUUAUAAGAAACACAAGCAAAGCCUGUGCUUAGCACAUCAUCCCAGAAAUGAGGUGGUAAUUAGUCAAGUGGCGUUCUCACAGUUAAUUAACCAUGCAGUCAGAGUAGGAGCUUCAACUGUGCGCAAGAGGAGGAAAGAGGAGAGUUUGGAACUUGAUGACCCUUCCUCUCCUUCAUUACCCUCUCCUGCCCUCUUGUCAGGACAGUUUAAAGACGACAGCAGUGUAGCUUAUGAGGGCCCCAGAAGACCUACUUUGCAAACCUGUUCAGUAAUUCAACAUACUAGUUCAUUUGAAAAACAAGAAUCUUUGUGCAAUGAGAAUCAAGGCCCUGAGGUAACAAAAGACUCUCCACCUGAUGAAGAAUGUCAGCUGCCGCCUCAGAAACAACCCCCUCAACAGUCAACAAAACUGUCCACACGAAAGCUGGUCCGCCAACACAGUGUGCAAGUUCCAGAAAUACUGGUGACAGAGGAUUCCAAGAUGAGCACAGUUACCUCUGUAGAGCCUGCCCCCACAGCAAAACCUCAGGAGAAGCCUGAUGAAUUUCAGUGGCCACAGAGAAGCUCCUCGCUGGCCCAGCUCCCUAUAGAAAAACUUCCUCCAAAGAAAAAGCGCUUACGUCUUGCUGAGGUUGCCCAGUCCUCAGGAGAAUCCAGUUUUGACUCAAUAUCUCUUCCCCAUAGCCCUAGUCAGGAGAGUAGUGCAUCCUAUGCAUCUAGUCGUUCCACAUCCUUUGAGGAGUCAAAUAGACCAGACAUGGAGACAGCAGCAUCAUCACCACUGAGGAGAUCCAGAGCUUCUCACAUGCUCACAGUGCCUGGAGUGCAUCAGCAGAGAGAGAUGAGGCGUUCAGCAUCUGAGCAGGCACCUCAUGACCCCCAACCAAGUAUCCUAUUGGCUGAGACCCGCAGCAAGUCUUUUGACUAUAGCUGUCUGUCCCCUGAGCGCACUGCAGUUGGCUGGAGGGAAAGAAGAAAGUGUCUCCUAAUGAGACACACUGCUAUCAGAGAUCCAGAUGAGGAGGAAGAGGACCAGUGCAAUAUACCAAGCCGUAGUCCUAAAUGUGUCACAAGUAGCACAUCUGCUCAAGCAAACCCAACCUCUUUGUGCAGCAGUAGGCCGCCUACUUCUCCUGUAUCAGGUGACACACUCUCGCGUUAUCCAGUUCCUCAGUGGAAACUUGGUCAAAAUAUUCAGUUAACAGGCAGCACAGAACUCUUAUAUAGUCCCGGCCCUUCUGUAAAUACUUUAAAAGAGGGGACCUCACACAUCCAUACAGGACAGCCCCCUCCUCAAGCACCACAGCCCUAUCUCACACACGGACCAUCAGGGGCAGCCAGAGCUCGCUACCUCCCCAUGUCUACAGGGCUGAAGCUAGAGAUUCCCUCACAGCAUGACGAUUACUUAGACACUAGAGUAGGUCUCUCCUACAGUCAACAAUCUACUCCUCACAUCACUUCCAGCCUGGAAUUACUGAGGCCGGUGGCAUCUCCUUCAGUAGCAGUGCGUCUCCAAACAGACACCCUCUCCCAAGCAUGUGCCAUAUACACUACAUUGUCUCAGUCUACAGCUCUGAGGCCCCAGAAGACAGUUGAUGCAGUUUCACAUCAUGCAGGUAUUCCAGCAGCUGAGUACAGAAACCACAGGGACACAAGUCCAGAUUAUCAGUUGUGGUCUGAGGAUGGUCUAAGGUUAUCAGGCUCAGGGGGCAACAAGCGCAUGCUUUCUCCUUCAAACAGUAUGGAGCUCCCCCCUGAGUCACAGCAGCAGCAGAAACGGGUAAAAGAAGAAGAGGAAGCGAGGGAAAUGGCAUUUGUUGACAAGGCAUCAGUGGACCCAUGUGGUCGGGAACUUAAACAAGAAAAUCAACCAUGUCCACCAGGUGUUUGUUCUCCCAUCACACAAGCUGGACCGUCUUUCCCAAGUCUGUUGUCCAGCACCUGUCAUAGCUGGUGCUAUUUAAACUACAUCAAACCAAACCCUUCUACCCUUGAUGAGCAGAAGCCUUCUGUGUACUCAUCAUGGUCCACUAGCAGCUAUAAUCCCAACCCUCCUGGCCUCUCCAGCAAAACAGCUCUCUCUCUGCUGCACUGUAAGCAGAGGCUCAGUCCCUCUAUCUACACUAUAUCCACCAUGUCAGUCAGGACAAGUGAGCAAGAGCAAGAGGACAACAAAAGACCAUGCUCCACUGAGGUCUACAACAGCCAGUCAUACGGCAGAGACCAUGAGGGGACACGGAACGGGCAGCUGUCGGCAGGAGACAUCCAGUCAAACAGAGACGAGGUAAAUGUGGAACAGAAGAAAAAAGUGGAGGAAGUCCAGUCAUGCUCCAGAAAUAAAGAACCUCCUGAAGUUUGGAUCUCUGAGGAGGGAUCAAAUGAGAAGUAUGCUCCUAUGCGUGGUGGAGUCGGUGGAAAGUGCCAAUGUGAGGAUUGCGGGUUCCCCCUUAAGAAUGCUAGUGUUCUGCAGAAGUGCACAAAGUCCUAUCGCUGUAACUGCAGUGAGUGUCACACUGCCUUCAAAGCCAAAGGGAACCUCACCGAACACCUGAGAUCUAAGCCUUGUGGAAAAGAAACCUGUUGUUAUACAGAUGACAAAGUUAAAGGAGACUGUGAAAACCGUCCACUUCACCCAGAGAAACAAAAAGAUCCCUCUGAUCUGGGUAAAGGUGGACAUGAUGAAGAUAACAAUGCAAAGGACAAAGAUGGUAGACUUGAAGACAACUGGCUCAAGGCUUCUGAAAGCCAAUCGAUAGAGCCUGAACCAAGCCCAUCAAUCCUACUCCCCCCCAAGGAUUCUGCCCAGAGGAGCUCGGCCAGGGCCAGGAGGGGCCUUUUCGCGCGCAGAUGCCUUGAUUCUUCAGUAUCUGUGUCCUCCAGAGGCUCCUGCUCCCCUAGCACUCCAUCCCUUACUUCUCGAAGGGAGCCAUCUCCACCUCGUAGCCCAUCGCCCAUGCCUUAUCCCUCCUCCUCCCUCUCACCAUCCAGUUGUCUUGUCUCCACCUCCCCGCUGAGUCCAGUCUCCCCCGUUAGAGGUCUUUCACCUUUUAUGGUCCAGCCCCAUAGAAAGUACUACUGUGGGCCCCUGGGCUCCCUCGCCAACAUCUCUAUUCAGCAUCAAACCAGUCUUCAUCCAUGGGACCGACCGUCUACAGCAAGACUGUCGGUGGAUGAGGUUGGUCUGACCCACAUCGCCCCGCAUCCCCCAAGGCUUCAAGGAGCCUACAACCUCCUGAGUCACCUCCCUCUGCACUCUCAGCAGCCGAGCCGGGCCCCGAGCCUCCUUAUUCCCAUUGGGGGGAUACACAUGAUUCAGCCCAGGUCCCCCCUCCCUCAUUACAGACUGGUGUGCAGCCCUACAGCAACCACAGCUAAUCCCACCGGUACAGAGUCCUCCUGGAGACAGAGUGGCGCCGUGAAGGGGAGUUUUUCUCUGCUGCAGCGGCAGGAUACCCUCCAAAAGACAUCUCCCGACAGCAGAGCCAGCCCGGCAGACCCUCUGGAGUCGGGGGAAAUGCCCAGGAGCAGCCAUUUGGACUCCCUGUCACACAGGAAGAGUCGAGGAUCCUUCCAACAACUGCCAAGUCCAAGUACGGAGGUGAGGCCUGCGGAGGUGAACACCAACGCACAUGUUACAGAGAGGUGUGUUUACCCGGAGACCACCCAAGGCCAAAAAAAAACUCCUUCCUCCAAGACACAGGUGUGAUUGGGGGGAGAGUCUGAAGGGACAGUGCAAAAGACUGAAAACCAGAGAGUGGUUUAGACUCCAAGGAGAAAAGGCAAGAGCACUUGAGCACCGCUUUUGAAUGACGCUGUUAUGUAAUUAUAUGAAUAAUAUAUAUAGACACCAUGUUAGAUAUGCAGUAUGUUUUGUAAAUCUUUUUUUACCCUCUUGUUUGAUGUCAUUGGUGUUAAUUUAUUUAUGUGCUAUUAUGCAAAUUCUGUACUAUAUGCAAAAAGCAGCUGGAAUGAAAAUAGACAGUUUUAAUCAAUUACCCUAUUUACCCCUUUGACAGCUCUAAUAUACUAUUGCUGUGUUAAUGUACUGUAUUAUCAAAAUGGAUAUAGAAAGGUACUACAACUAUUUAUUCAUCCUGACCAGUAUUUUGAAGUGCAAUUUUACGUCAAGAUUGUGGUUUUAAAAUGUCAUUCUUAAAGGCUGUGAUUAUUAUUAUUAUUAUUUGUCAGUUUCUUUGUCGUUCUUGUUGUCGUCUUUGUUUGUGUUUAAUGAGGCAGGGUUUACGAUCACCUUCUUUUUCUAAAAGAAGUUUGGGAUCAGGACGUUUGGAGUGCACUGACAAAACAAUAUCCAGAGGAAACCUGUUUCAUUAACAUAGUAGCUACGGUAUAGUUUGGUUUUUCUUUUCAUGACCAGAUACAUGUAUUUUUGUGUUGUUGCUUUUAUAAAUGAUACAAUCACUGUCAUUCUCACGUUUACCAUUAAACUUCUCAU